AUGACCAAGGUCGCUCUUAUCACCGGCGGCACCAGUGGGAUCGGCCUUGCAGUUGCCAAGGACCUGAGCCAGACCAACAGUUGGCAGGUAAACAUUAUUGGCAGCAAUCAAGAACGAGGUCAAGAAGCAGCAGCUUCCCUGUCAAAUGUCACAUUCUAUCAAGCCGACGUGCGAAGUUACCAGCAACUAGCCGCUGUCUUUGACCAGAUCUUCACUGCCACUGGUCGGAUAGACUUUGUCUUUGCGAAUGCUGGAAGAGCGGACCACGUCAAUUUCUUUGCUGGGUGUGAGACUGGCAUCCCGCCCGACCCGGGUUCUGAAAUUGUCGAUAUCAAUGUCAACGGCGCUCUAUAUACUAGUUACCUCGCGAUGCACUAUUUCCGUCGCUCUCCAGAGUCAACGAAAGGGCAUAGGAACUUGAUACUCACGUCGAGUAUUGGGGGACUAUACCCCUGCAUGCUAACCCCGGUGUACUCUAGUACUAAACAUGCGCUUAUUGGAUACACUCGCUCUGUCGGAGAGCGACUUUGGGCAGAAGGAGUCCGGGUCAAUGCUCUGUGCCCCGGGGUGGUGGAAACGCCUCUUUUCGCAGUUGAGGCAUUUACGUCAGUUUUCCCGCGAGAAAUGCUCAUUCCCAUGGACGUUGUGACUGGUGUAGUAUCACAACUACUGUCUGGGGUGGAUAUGGUAGACGAAAAAGGGAUGCAUGUCGCUGGUGAUGAGAUACAUUCCCGGGCGCUUCAUGUUUCAGGGACCGGUUUCUUUUUCAUUGAGAAACCCGAGAUUCAUGACGACGAAUCUCGGGCCGUAUGGGCGGCAAUGAUGGGGCAUAAAUAA